AUGUCACACGCGAUUAAGACCAAAGGCAGAAUUGUAACAGCAACUACCAGUAUGGCAAAGGCUGAUAAUAGCUCCACAGCUCGCUCAUAUGACUCUAUUCCAGCUGUUGAAAUAAGCUCUGAGCCAAACAAUUCGACUGCCUCUGCAUAUAGGCGAUAUGCGGUGUACUCUCCCAACGAGUGGCUUUUGGAAUCAAUCAGCUCGACUGUGGCUCUUGGACUCGUAGUUGCACUUGUAACUAUUUUCUGGUGUAUGGACAACAGGCCUCUUUCUACCUGGAAUAGUCGCAUUUCUUUAAACACAAGUAUUUCAAUCUUGACAACUGCAUACGCCAUGGCGUUGAUGCACGGGGUUAGCACGUUUAUUGGGCAGUCCAAAUGGCUUCACUUCAAGAACAGGCUUCGGAGGCUUGCUGAUCUUGAAACAUUUGACUUGGCUAGUCGCGGUGUUUGGGGGUCUACGCUGCUGCUUACCACCGUCAAGUGGAAUUUGGCCACCAUCGGCGCGAUGAUUACGAUCUUGCGACUUUCUUUCUCGCCAUUUUCACAACAGGUGGUUCUGCUUGAGCAGCGCGAUGUCGCUUCCCCGGCUGCGAAUAUCGCUACCUUUGGAUAUGCGCACACUUAUAGUCGGGAGGCAGUAUGGAACAGCCUAAACGAGUCCGUCGCCGCGAGCUUUCCUAAGGAUGCUGGUAUGCAAAUCGCCGUCUUCCAGGGCCUCUAUGGCAUCAACACUACAGAGCCUUUCAACUGCCCCGGUGUAUGUCGCUGGCCCGGAUCAUAUACCUCCCUUGGCUUCAAGGCCGAGUGCAGAAACGUUACCCAGCAGGCGUUGCACAAUGUCACCUGCGACCUCCCAGCCGACGAACUGGCCGACUACAGUCACCAAUGCAAUAUGACGACUCCAGGCGGAGUCAUGGUCGGCGCUCGCAUGUCGCCAACGUCUGAUUCAACGGCCUACUACAUGAACACAUCUUCGCUGCUGGACUGGCAGGAUCCUGCUUUCAAGUUCCUAGAUACCUUUCCCGAAAUCAUGCGAUUUGCAAUUUAUAGAUCGACCCCGGACAGCAAUUUUACAGUGCAGAAUAUCAACAUUACGGAAUGCUCUCUCUAUCUCACGGCCUACGAAUACACAGAGGCUAAAGCUAAUGGCAGUGAAUUCUCUUUUGCGAGCAAGAAAGAGGUCGAUUUCGGCGUCAAGAACCCCUGGCAUGCGGUAGGAGUAGACGCCGGUAUCGGGUGGACGCGCCUCCUCACCAACGAGUCAGUGGUGGCCGGUAUCCAUAUUCCUACACUUGAAAUAGAUUCUCCAAACCUCAAAACGCUGGAAACUUUCCUGACGUCCGCUUCGAUAGUUAGCGAGUUUGUCGAGGGGGACUAUCAGAAUACAAACCUCGGCGUUGCCGCUGCUCUAAUUGGCGACGUGGAUCUCAACGCUCGAUUUGACGGCAUGGCUACGGCCAUGACAAACUACAUACGGUACGGUCCGAACAGCCAAUUGGCAUACGGAGAAGUAAUCCAAAGCGAGCCUUUUGUUUCCAUCCGCUGGGGAUACUUUGCCGUCCCACUUGCCAUUGAGGCACUCGCAAUCGUAUUUGCCAUCCUGAGCAUUGUUAGCAAUCGCCGCAAUCGCAAUGUACCUUUGUGGAAGUCCUCGGCGCUUGCUGUACUGGCUUGUCAGCAUAAUGAGCAGCUUGAGCUAUUGCAAACUACAGACAAGGGCAUUAAUGAGAUUCAGGACGAGGCGGAGAGAUUCAAGGUACAGUUGCAAUAA